AUGAUUGUCUUCGAUAAAACCAAGUAAUCUACAUUUGGUAAUGUUGAUCAAAGGAUAGCAAUUAUUUUGGAAUAACUAGGUCUUAGACCAAUUUUUAAUUGCUUUCUAUAGUCUAAAAUUAAAAGAAGUAUCAAAUCAAAAAAUCUAAUUUUAUAAUUAUAGAUUUUUUUAUUAUGUAUCUAAUAAAGGCAAAUCAAUUAAUAUAUUAGACAAGACAUCAUUAUCUAGUAAAAAACUAACAAAAAGUAGUCUAAGGAAUAGGAAUAGAGUUUCGGUUUUUUAGUAAAAAUUGGAAAAUUCAAUAAAAAUGCUAAAACAAUUAUGAUAUUCUCUGUAAGCGUAUUUUGUUCCAACCAAUUGCUAUUAUAAACCAUCUGGAUACCUAUUAUAAUAUUUAUUUUUCCUAAUUUUUUAAAUUUAGUCAACAUUCCUGAUUUUGGUACGUUCAAAUAACAAUUAGGAGUUUAGAAAGAUUAAUUAAUUAAAUUUAAUCAAAAUGUAGAAUAAAAACGUAAUGAAUGUAUUUAAGAUCCAACAAAAAAAAGGAUGAGUAAUUAAAAAAUAGUUAGCAAAAAAUAAUUAUAAUUUUAUAUCAUUUUACCGUAUAUUUGGGAAUUAAUUUUAGUUUAUCAUAUGAUUGAAAUUUUAGAUAUUUAUUGA